GUCGUCUUAGUUAUUGACGUUAUUUGACUAUUAACUAUUUCUAUUUUUAUUUAUAUACAACUACAUUUUAAAAUCAAACAACAUAAUAUUGAUUGGUUUUAUUAAUAAAAUACGUUAUUUAUUGGAAGUAGUCAAUUUAUUAUUUCUCAUUAUAAUGCGCUAAGGAGCUUACUAAUGUGUUUCAUUCAUAUCGGGUAAUAAUGGAGUAUACAGCUCAAAAUUUGGAAUAUGCUGUGUCUGUUUUUUAUAAUGGAGAACAACAAGAACGAGCCAAGGCACAUAACUGGCUUACAUUCGCACAGCGGCGUCCAGCAGCUUGGAAUUUUGUGUGGGAAUUACUUCAACCUAGCAAGGGUACAGAAAUUCAAUUUUAUGCAGCUACAACUUUGCACACCAAAAUUCUUCGUUAUUGGAUGGAAGUUCCUCCAGAGAGCUAUAAUGAAUUAAGAGAAAAACUAUUACAGGCAGUAAUUGCUUAUUCUAAAGGUCCUAAAAUUGUGACAAAUAGAUUAUGCAUAAGUCUUGCAGCAUUUAUUCUUCAACAAGGCUCAAGUGACCUAGUGGAAAUUUUGAGGCCCUUAUCAACUCCUGAAUACACUUCAUUACUUCUCGAAGUAUUAACUGUGAUCCCGGAAGAAUAUAAUAGUAUGACCAUGGGAUCUACUUUACGGUCAAAAAAUAGAGCAGCAUUAAAUGAAGCAAGCUAUAUGGUUUUAGGUGAUAUGCUGAGACAUCUGCACAGUGCUUACAACAGUGAGUACAGCAGCGAGCCACCGAGCGAAGAGACAGUUCAAACGUGGACGAAUGCGGCGACGUGUGCGGCGAGCUGGCUGUCGCUGGGCGAGGAGGACGCGCUCGACUGCGCCACCACACUGCCCGAGCGAGCGCCGCUAUGUCGCGCGCUGUACACGGUCGUGCACGUACUCUGCACGUGGAACGAGGCGGUGAGCGACUCGGCGCUGGAGGCGUGCGAGGCGUGCCUGGCGGCCGUGCGCGCGGCGGGCACGGCGGGCAGCGCGCACAAGUACGCGGCCGCGGCGCGCGCGCUGCUGGCCGACCUGGCCGCGCUCGCCGCGCCGCUCUUCGCCAGCAACGACGUGCCCAACUCGCUCAACGAGGAGUUGCUGUCGGCCGUGAUCACGUGUUGCGUGUCGGUGAGCGAGUGCCACGCGACCGAGCUGGUGCAGGCGGCGGAGGAGGAGGCGCCCGGGGUGCGCACGCUGCUACAGCUGUUGCUGGCCGCGCAGGCUGCGCCCGGCCAUUACCCGCUGCAUGAGACGCGCUCCAACCUCGUAUUCCGUUUCUGGUACACGCUGCAGAAUGAAAUAUCAGAAGUGGCGGACAGAACUCAAAAAAUGAAUCCUCUCUGGCAAGAAGUCUUCACCCAGCUUCUGAUGACGCUCGUAAAGAAGUCCGAGAUGCCUCCCGAGUCGGCCCUCUCGCGCGUCGACCAGGAGCUCCUCCGGUGCUACAGGCAGGACAUCGCCGACUUAGUGAUGUACUGCUUCAUGGUGCUCGGCGAGGCGAGCUGGGCGCUGGUGGAGAGCGCGGUCGCGUGCGCGGACACGGCGGCGCGGCGCGAGGCGGCGCUGCACGUGUUCCUGGCGCUGGCCGACGCCGCGCCGCCCGCCGCCGCGCCGCCCGCGCUGGCCGCGCUGCUGCAGCACGCGCUGCGCCAGGCCGCCGCCGCGCCCGACACCGACUCGCUCACCACGGCGCUGGACUGCCUCGGCGCGUACGCGUCGUGGCUGAGCUCGCUGGAGGGCGGCGCGGGCGCGGCGCUGGGUCGCGAGUGCAUGCGCGCGGCGGGCGCGGCGCUGCAGCGCUGCCCGGCGCCCGCCGCGCUGGCGCUGCGCAAGCUGUGCGUGGACUGCGCCGCGCCCGCCGCCGCGCUCGUGGCCGACGUGGUGGGCGUGGCGCUGGCCGCCGACCCGGACGACGCCUGGACGCGCCGCCAGCUGCUCAGCGCGGCGGGCGCGGCGCUGUCGGCGUGCGAGGUGUCGCAGGCGGCGCCGCUGCUGCGCGACCUGUCGCGCCGCCUCACCGCCGAUCUCGUCGCACAGGCGCGUGAGGGCGGCAAGUGCGGCGCGGCGGAGUGCGUGUCGCUGAUGUCGGCGCUGAGCCCGCAGCCCGAGCUGGCGCUGCAGCUGUUUCAGGAUCUGCUCCCCGCGCUGCAGCUGCUGCCCACCAAUCCGGAACUUACGGAGCCAAUGUUUCAAAUUCUGAAACAUACGAUAGGUGCGGUGAUGGACAAAAUCGAACCCAUCGUAGAGGAUGUGGCGAAACUCAUAGUUGCCGGGAUCCAGACGCACCCUUGUCCUGUGGGGUUGGACGUCAUUAAACUCUUCACCGUGCUGGUGGGCGCGGCGUGGCGCGGCGCGGCGGGCGUGCUGCGCGCGGGCGUGGCCGCCAGCUCGCGCGCGCUGGCCGACAGCGAGCCGCCCGCGCUCGCCGGCAGCGCGGCGCCAGAACUCGCCAGGGAGGUUUUCGCCGUGCUCACCUCGCUCACCAAGAAGCUGCCGCAAGUCAUGGACUGGAUCGACGACUUACUUCCGGAUGUCAUCGAUUUGGCGAAGCGCUGCAUGCGCGCGUGGGAGUCCCGCGUGACGGCGACGGCGUGCUGCUGGCUGGGCGCGCUGGCGUCGCACCGCGCGCGCCUGCUGUACCCGCACGCGCCCGCGCUCACGCGCACCGCGCUCUCCGGCAUCGGCGGCGCGACACCGCGCAAUCAAAUGGAACCUCUCGCGGAGCUGCUGCUGGCGUUCAACCGCGCACAGUGGAAGGGCGAGGGAGGGGCUAAGGGGACCGCCGGGGUGGGGGCGGAGGCGGGCGACCUGGGGGCGUGGCUACGCGAGUCGCUGGCGGACGCUGGCUUUCCGUCCACGCACGCCACUGACGCGCACAAACAGAAGUUCAUCCAGGCCGUGCUUAGUGAGCGGAGAAGCAAGCGACGAGUGUUAGAAAGUGUGCAAGAGUUCUCAUUGGCGUGCCGAGGCCUGAUAGGAACGGAGUACGCGCGACAAUCGAUCGCUUCUAAACAAAUGAUAGCCUAAGUAUUGUUGAAAAAUUUAGUAUAAAACAUUGAUCGAAAUCAUAACGAGUGGGUUUUCAUGUAAGAUUUUCGAAAAAUGGCUGUAAAUUAUUUUGACUUGUCUAAUAAUAUUGUAAAAUUGUAGAAAGUUAUGAGGCAUCUAUUCUUAUAUGUUGUACACAAUACUUUGAUAGGUUUGGUGCUCAAUUUUGUUCUGAUAAUUUGACAAAAAAUCUUGCUUAUUGUUUUUAUAUUUUUUAUAAAAAAUAUAUCAUCAUGGUGGAAACUCUUUUGUAUGCAAGUUAUAUAAUUUAUUAUACGCAUAAAAUCCAUUCAAAAAAGUCAAAAGAGGCAUUUUAAAAUAAUAAUUGUCGACGAAUUCCUUUGAAAGUAGUUAAUAUUUUUAGUCUUCCUAAUUAAGACUUAAUUAAUAUAGCUACAUAUGUAUGGAUACAUUUCUGUAGUAAUAUUCGUAAAUGUAGGGUCAGCAUAAACAGAUUAACUCGUGCAUAUUUUGUUUAUGAAAUAAUAGCGAGAGUCGAUUUUCUUUGACAUUGACAUCAAACCUUAAAUAAAAACUGACGUAAUAACGUUCUCAUCUAUAAAACGUAGCGUUCUUAUAUGUUGUUCGUAUACAUCCAAUUUAUAUAAUAAAUUACCGGCUUCACCUAUAAAUUUUAUUCAAAGGUUGAUUAGUAAAAAAAAUUACUGGUGGUAGAGCUUUGUGCAAGCUUGUCUGGGUAGGUACCACCCAUUCAUCAGAUAUUCUACCGCAAAACAGCAGUUUGGUAUUGUUGUGUUUAAUUACAGGCACAUGGGACAUAACAUCUUAGUUCCCAAGGUUGGUGGUGCAUUGGCGAUGUAAGCGAUGGUUAACAUUUCUUACAAUGCCAAUGUCUAUGGGCGUUGAUGACCACUUACCAUCAGGUGGCCCAUAUGCUCGUCCGCCUUCUUAUUCUAUAAAAAAAUGCUGUCUUUAUCUUUCGAAUGUCAAAUCAAUUACGACAGAAAGAGAUAAAUAAAUGUUGAAUUAACACCCUUUGAACAAGGUUAUAAGUAAAACCAUAUUCAUAAUAAAGAAUCAUUUGUAAAUUAAUUUCAUUUAAAAUACUAAGCUAGCGUAAGUACUUCGUUGUAAAAUUAGAUGGACAGAAAUAAAAAAUAUAUAUAUUUA